ACAGAACUUGGCCUCAUGAAUUUUUUAUGUGCUGUUUUGCUGCUUAUGACAACUUUCACAUUUGCUAUGAAUGGCAAUCCAUCCGAACACAGAGGUGGAUACGAACCUAUCACGUUUACUAGGUUUAACAGUAAAAAUGCUUUGCAACAAGGAGCAAAACAAGACCGGACACUAAAUAUGGUGAAUGAUAUAAUGACUAGAUAUAGCGAGCAAAUAGAAUCAACUCUGAGAUUUUGCAGCCAACCAAAUCAACACGGCUGGAUUCAGAACCGGGUUAUAUACCCACAGACAACGAAAACUUAUUUAUUAAGAAUUUUUGGCGAAUACUUUGUUAUGAACUUCGAAAAUUAUUUGUCAUUCACAAAACAAAACAUCGCAACAUUUUACCACACUAAAAAGGAAGGUAAGCUUGAGAUACAUGUCAUGAAAAUUUGCGAAUUGACCAGAAAAGCGAUGUGUUUGCAGGCCAUAAUACAUGUAAUAUUUAGGAACGUGUAUAAAGGCAUGUUUCGUGACCUCAGGCUUUUUUAUAAUUUAAAGGAUAUUUUGUGCAAUUAUACGGAUAAUUGUAAAAGAAAUUAUAGUGUAAUAAUAAAGGACAGGAAGAUUUCUGAGGAAAAAUAUAACAGUCUGCUCAAUAAAUUAGAUACCUACGCAAAAAAUAUAAACGAUUUGGUAGAAUUUCUAGAAAAAAGAAAGGAAUCAUUGAUCAAGUUUAUGGAUGCUGAUAAAAAUGACGAGUGC